AUGACAAGGUUCAGAUUAGUGUGGUUCAUUUUAACCGCCCUGUCCCUGCAGCUUGUGCCUGUGAUCGUUUUGUAUAACCAUGGAUUGCGGCACGUCAUGCUCGAUGCUGUGUUUGGUGUACCAUGUGUGGUAACCACCCUGGAUGUCAUAGUGGCGCUUUUGAGGAGUUCCGGCCGCCAAAGCAAGGUCUUGGUUGGCGGCCCUCUUGACGUGUCCGAGACUGAGAAGCUGCUGAACGGUCACGACCUCCUCAGUACUGGUACUGAUUAUGGAACAGAUUACAUGAGUGGUGGUCCCACGGAGGAUGAUGCGACCAUUCCGAUAACUAUUUUCAGCACCCCCCCUCCAGCUUGGUAG